CCUGUCAGCCUGCCUUUCCAGCUAAUUAGCUCAGCAUACAACAAAGAUAAGCGAGCCAGGGAGGAGGACCCCCUGAAGGGUCUUUUGAAUCUGGGCAAUGUCUGAUUGGCAGAUGCUGAAAGAGAUUCCUGGCUAAUCCAGUUCAUCAAUGAACUGCAUAAAUUCAGUACAGGACUGGAAGAAUUUAGGCAUGAGGACACUUUGUGGCUGCCGUCUGGAAGAGGCAGACCAAGAUGGACAGAACCUUGGAAUCUCUACAACAUAUAAUUUCCCAAGUCCUGCCUCACAGAGACCCUGCACUUGCAUUCAAAGACUUGAAUGUUGUGGCGAUGCUGCAGGAAUUUUGGGAGAGUAAACAGAAACAGAAGGGUGUGUUUUCAAGUGAAGGCACUGUGGUAUACGAAUCACUGAAUUCACCUGGGCCUCCAUUUGUGAGUUAUGUCACCCUGCCUGGAGGAAGCUGCUUUGGUAACUUUCAGUACUGCUUGAGCAGGGCAGAGGCAAGACGAGAUGCUGCAAAAGUAGCUCUGAUAAAUUCUCUCUUCAAUGAAUUGCCUUGUCGCAGGAUCACAAAGGAGUUCAUUAUGGAAAGUGUUCAGGAAGCUGUUUCCUCAACCAGUGGUUCUUUACAUGAUGCGGAUGACCCAAGUACAAGCAUCGGAGCUUAUCAUUACAUGCUGGAGUCCAACAUGGGGAAAACAAUGCUGGAAUUUCAGGAACUGAUGAUUGUCUUUCAACUACUGCAUUGGAACGGAAGCCUCAAAGCCCUACGUGAAACAAAGUGCUCUCGGCAAGAAGUGAUUUCCUACUAUUCCCAGUACAGUUUAGAUGAAAGAAUGAGAAGCCACAUGGCCCUGGACUGGCUGAUGAAGGAGCAAGAAACUCCAGGCAUUAUUUCCCAAGAGCUGCAAGUGGCCCUCAGAGAGCUGGAAGAAACAAGGAAAGCUGGACAGGAGCUGCGGUUUUACAAGGAAAAAAAGGAAAUCCUGGGUUUAGCACUGAGUCAGCUCUACAGCGAUCAUGCUGUGACUUCUUCGAAUGACGAUCAUAUGAGUCUAGCCCUAAGUGGGUUUCGCUAG